AUGAGCAACAACAACAAUGAAGAGGAUAAGAUGGAUAUUGAUGGAGAGGAAGUGAUUGAAGAUGAGGUCAACGAGGAUGUUGGUGAGACUGUACCUCAACAGGAAGAUACAACAACUACUACACAAACAACACAAACAACUGAAGGAGGAGAGGAUAGUAGUAUGUUGAAUAUAUUGAAGAGCUUAAAGGUUGGAGCAGACUUGUCAAAGGUCACAAUACCAGGUGGAUACAUUCUGCCAAAGUCCACACUGACAUUCUUUGCCGAGAAUUGCUCGGUACACUUCGACCUACUGUUGGCGUGCAAUGGCAUGAAUGACCCGCUUCAGAGGAUGUUGCAAGUCUAUCGCUACUUCCUGUCCACGAGAUGGGUGCCCAAAGAGAUGCGCAAAAAGCCGCUCAAUCCAGUGUUGGGCGAGACAUACGAGUUGGCCACGCACUUUAAGGAUGAGAAACAUGUUGCCACAUGUUUGUCCGAACAGAUAUCGCAUCAUCCACCAAUCACUUCGUCCAUCGUGUACAACGUCGCACUGGGCAUUCAAGUGUCUUACAACUCGCCAGUCAAGGCCAGCUUCAUGGGCACCUAUCUCAGGAUCUCGCCAGAGGGACACUUUGUCGUCACACUGGACAAGUUCAAAGAAGUCUACUCAAUCACCCUUCCUCCAAUGGCUCUAAGAAUAUUCCGCGGCUUUGCCGAGCUUGCUGGCCAAUCCAUCAUGACCUGCGACAAAUCAGACUACUCAAUCAAGACUAGCUUCUUCCCCAAGCCACUGCUCUUUGGAAACUAUAAUGUGAUCGAGGCGACAAUGUAUAAUGGCAAGGAGAAGAUUAUGAAGUUCAAGGGUCAGUGGGAUGGAGAGGUGCGCUCAUCACCUUACAAGAAGGACAAGUAUGAGACGUUUGUGGAGAGAAGUAAAUUGGUCCCUGGCACAUUCGUACCAUUGCCCGCUGAGAAGGUGUUGCCCACCGACUCCACCAUUGUCUGGCGCGGCGUCAUUGAAGCUGCACAGACUCAGGCUGGUGCCAAAGCCAUCACCAAGGAGAAGACCAAGGUGGAGGAGGAGCAGCGCCGUCUGGCACAAGAGCGACGCGACAAGGCAGUAGACUGGCUACCAGCCCACUUUAUCCAGUCCAAGGAUGGAAAUGGUUGGCAACUCAAACAGUUUAAGUGA